AUGGCCAACGCAGGCGACCCCAAGCCCACCUACAUCUAUAAACUCAUAUCACGCGACUUCCCCCCUCCCGACCCGCUCCCAGCAGCGCUACCCGUGAGCAGCCUGGAUGCAUCCUCCGGGUUCGUGCACCUCUCGACCGCGCAGCAGGUGCCCAACACGCUCAAGACGUUCUUUGGGAGCGAGUGCCGCAUGUACAUCCUACGGCUGGCGUAUGACGUGCUUGAGCCGCAGAUCCGAUGGGAGGAUCCCAAGGCGGAGGUGUGUGGCCCGCGUGGCGGCGAGGGCAUGUUCCCGCAUCUCUACAAUGGGCUGAAGCUCGGGAAGGACCAAGUGGAGAGCGUGAGGACAUGGGACAGGGCGGAGGGGGAGAGUUGGGAUGAUGUGCUUGGGAGGGCAGCUGACUGGUUGGUCUAUUGA